GAGCGCGCCGUGUGCCAGAUCUUGAUGGGCCGCAUCGAGGACGCCGCGUACACCCUCGGGUUGACCCAGGAACAGCUGGCGUACGGGAUGGCGGACCCGCAGGUUGAGCGUUUCGUCGCCGAUAACUCGCCGAGCGGGGACAUGACCGAGGGUUUGUGCGCCAUGGCGGACAGGUGGCUCGCCGACGUCGCGUUCCCGUCCUUCAGGGACGCCGCGCGGAUCAACCCGCCCCCGACGACGUACGAGUGGUUCGAGACCCCCAAGGUUCAGAGGUUCUGCACCCGAUACGACAUGAACCCCGGAGCUCUCAAGUUUGCCGCCGGCGUAGAAAACCUCGGCCGCGGCUUCGGCAAGUUGCUCGAGGGCAUCGCGUCGUCCGUCGGCGGGUCCGCAGUCCCGGGGCUUCGCGCCGGUACCGACACCCUCGCCGACGCCGACGCGGUCUUCUCCCUGAAACCAAAAUCGCGUCUGAUGCAGUACCUCGUCACCAACAGGCGAGCGGGCACCGCCGCCGUGGGCGUGGGCGUCGCCGUGGGCGGCGCGCUCGUCGCCGCGGGCGCCGUGUCCUACGUCCAGGGCGGAACCACCUUCAACUCCGCCGUCGCGUCGUCGUCCACCGCGUCGUCCCCCGCGUCGCUGCGUGGCGUCGCCGCGAAGCUCGGCGCGGGCGUCGCCAACGCGGGUGAUUCCGUCGUCGGUACGUUGUUCGGCGGCGGAUCCGUUCCCGAAGUCGACGCCAAGGUUGCAGAGCAGGUGGUUCGCCGGUGGCAGCACGCCAAGGCCCAGGCGCUGGGCGUCGCGCACAACCUCAAACCCCUGGAGCAGGUGCUGGAGGGCCCGAUGCUCCAGCAGUGGCUGACCCGCGCGGAGGACGUUCGGUCGCACGGGUGGGCUUGGGAGUACCAGCUCAACUCGCUGUCAAUCGACAAGGUUGAGAGUUUGAGCGAGACGCGAGCGAUGGUGGAGGCGACGCUGACGGAGGUGGCCAUCCUCAAGGACCGCGCGAGGACGGAGGAGGACGACAGGUACGAGAGCACGUACAGGGCGAGGUACGAGCUGAGGAGGGGCGAGGGCAGGGGAGGGUACCGGGCGUGGAAGAUCAUCGGAGGUUCCGUGGUGUACUAAGUCUUGGAGGUUUUUUAUAAAAGUCGUCGGAGAGCGUAUUUCG